AUGGAACGCCAGGCUGCCUCUCGCCGCGCGCAGUACAAGAACAAGGGCAUCUUCGGACAGGAGGAGCUCCGGCGGAGGCGCGAGGAGGCGCAGGUCGAGAUCCGCAAGCAGAAGCGCGACGAGACCAUCGCCAAGCGCAGGAACCUCAAUGCCGCGUCCAGCGGCGCAGACUCGGACGACGAGUCUGGCGUCGACUCGUCCUUCCUGGAGCAGCUCCCCGCGAUGAUCCAAGGCGUCUUCUCCGACCAGCCCGAUCAGCAGCUCGACGCCACGACCAAGUUCCGCAAGCUCCUCUCGAAGGAGCGCAACCCGCCCAUCGAGAAAGUCAUCGAGUGCGGCGUCGUCGCCCGCUUCGUCGAGUUCCUCCGCUCCAGUCACUCGAUGAUCCAGUUCGAGGCCGCUUGGGCUUUGACCAAUAUUGCGUCCGGCACCUCUGAGCACACCCAGGUCGUCAUCGAGUCCGGCGCCGUCCCCGUCUUCAUCGAGCUCCUCUCCUCGCCCGUCCUCGAUGUCCGCGAGCAGGCCGUCUGGGCGCUCGGCAACAUCGCCGGCGACUCGCCCAAGUGCCGCGACUACGUCCUCGAGCAGGGCGCCCUCCGCCCGCUCCUCGCCCUCCUCAACGAGCCCCACAAGAUGUCGAUGCUCCGCAACGCCACCUGGACCCUCUCCAACUUCUGCCGCGGCAAGAACCCGCAGCCGAACUGGGAGCUCAUCUCGCCCGCCCUCCCCGUCCUCACCAAGCUCAUCUACUCGCUCGACGACGAGGUCCUCAUCGAUGCGUGCUGGGCCAUCUCGUACCUCUCGGACGGCUCGUCGGACAAGAUCCAGGCCGUCAUCGAGUCGGGCGUCGUCCGCCGCCUCGUAGACCUCCUCAUGCACCACUCGACUGCCGUCCAGACCCCCGCCCUUCGCUCCGUCGGCAACAUCGUCACCGGCGACGACCUCCAGACCCAGGUCGUCCUCGCGUCGGGCGCGCUUCCCGCUCUCCUCGCCCUCCUCAGCUCGCCCAAGGAGGGCAUCCGCAAGGAGGCGUGCUGGACCAUCUCGAACAUCACGGCCGGCUCGCCCGCGCAGAUCCAGUCCGUCAUCGACGCCAAUAUCGUCCCGCCCCUCAUCAACGUCCUCCAGCACGCCGACUUCAAGACCAAGAAGGAGGCCUGCUGGGCCAUCUCGAACGCGACGUCGGGCGGCCUCCAGGAGCCGAGCCAGAUCCGCUACCUCGUCUCGCAGGGCUGCAUCAAGCCCCUGUGCGACCUCCUCACCUCGACCGACAACAAGAUCAUCCAGGUCGCGCUUGACGGACUCGAGAACAUCCUCAAGGUCGGCGAGGCGGACAAGGAGCAGAACGGCGGCGUCAACCAGUACGCGCUCUUCGUCGAGGAGGCCGGAGGAAUGGUCGCCAUCCACAACCUCCAGCACCACGAGAACCUCGAGAUCUACAAGAAGGCGUUCGACAUGAUGGACCGCUACUUCCCCGACGACGAGGGCGACGAGACCGGUCUCGGCGAUGCGCAGGUCGACGAGCAGGGCGCCUUCGCUCUGCAGACCAACCUCCAGGCGCCUCAGGGCGGCUUCUCUUUCGGCAACAUGUCUUGA